ACCAAGCUAGUACUCGUUGAGAAACCAAGCUACUCGUGCCCCGUUCGGUCAUCUCACCGUUCAAUAAUCACAACGACGAGAACAAAAGAAAGGGGGAAAGAGAAAGGGUAACGGAGCAGGCCGGACCGGAGCAGCGGAAGCCUCAAGCCACCACCACCAUCCUCCGAUUCAGAUCUCCCCUCCCAUUCCACCGACCGGACCCCUCUCCGUCUCCAUUUCUCCACACCAAACGCCUCUCCGACCUCGGUGACGACCUCCUCGUCGUACAGGGGGCCAUCAGCGGCGGCGGCGGAGGCCAAUGGAGGCCAUCCGGAAGCAGGCAUCCAAGCUCCGAGAGCAGGUCGCCCGGCAGCAGCAGGCCGUGCUGAAGCAGUUCGGGGGCGGGUACGCGGACAGCGUGUUCGCGGACGAGGGCGAGGCGCAGCAGCACUCGAAGCUCGAGAAGCUCUACAUCUCCACGCGCGCCGCCAAGCACUUCCAAAGGGAUAUAGUUCGUGGGGUCGAGGGCUACAUCGUCACAGGCUCGAAGCAAGUCGAAUUAGGCAAUAAGUUAUGUGAAGAUGGCAAGAAGUAUGGUGUUGAGAAUACCUGUACCAGUGGGAGUACACUCUCGAGGGCGGCGUUGAGUUUCGCGAAGGCACGAUCGUUGAUGGAGAAGGAGCGGGGAAACCUGCUGAAAGCGUUUGGCACCCAGGUUGCAGAGCCACUGAGGGCUAUGGUGAUGGGAGCUCCUUUGGAAGAUGCUCGUCACCUUGCCCAAAGAUAUGACAGAAUGCGUCAAGAAGCUGAAGCACAGGCUAUUGAAGUUUCAAAGCGCCAGAUGAAAUUAAGAGAGACAUCUGGAAAUGGUGAUAUGAUUUCAAGGUUAGAGGCUGCUGAGUCGAAGCUGCAAGAGUUAAAAUCAAAUAUGGGGACUCUAGGCAAAGAAGCUGUUGCAGCAAUGACUGCUGUUGAAGCCCAACAACAAAGGCUGACAUUACAACGACUUAUCGCGAUGGUUGAAUCUGAGAGAAGUUACCACCAAAGGGUCCUACAGAUUCUAGAUCAACUUGAAAGAGAGAUGGUAGCUGAGCGCCAAAGAAUUGAAGGAGCACCUCCUCCAGUCAUUGAGAACUCUAUGCCACCGCCACCUUCAUAUGAAGAAGUUAACGGUAUAUUCAUGAGGACUCCAACAGUUGCCGAAUUGGUGGAGACAGUGGAGCACUUCCUGGCUGAGGCGAUCCAGUCAUACCGAGCUGAGACUGAAACUGAGCUCAACCUGGCAACCGGUGACUACAUAGUGGUCCGGAAGGUGUCAAACAAUGGAUGGGCUGAAGGUGAGUGCAGGGGGAAAGCUGGUUGGUUCCCUUCCGAGUUCAUCGAAAAGCGGGACCGUGUACUGGCGAGCAAAGUCGCCCAGGUCUUCUAGAAGUUCAUUGAGCCAUACAUGUCCUUGGCGUUGUACAAUGUGCAUUAUAAUGUUCUUUCGCCUCCAAAGACGUUGAUCAGUGAAGAGCUCGUGGAAAUUCCUUUUGUUCUAUAUAUGUUCUUUUUGUCAAGAAGACAUGUGCCUGAUGGAUGGCUUGUUGGUGCCUCAUGGCUAGCCGUGUGCACUGUUGUUAUCUGCAUCCUCCCCCCAAAUAUGACACUGACUUGACCAUUUUUUCCAGAAUUCUUUUUUGCGGGAACCCAAAGUAUAUAUAUAUGUCAAGGGGAGGAAUCCAUCAAUGUUUGAAA